AUGAAUUAAGUUCAAUAGGAGAUUACUACAAUCCCAACAAAAAUCUUUAGAAAUGCAUAAUGGAUGUCUAAAAACUCAAGUGUAAAUAAAAGAAAGAGCCCGAAUUAUCCUUGUAAGAGAUGGGGUCAUACUGCUGUAUUGCAUGACAAAUACAUGUAUGUUUUCAGUGGGUGUGGCAAAUCAGACAAUGCCAAAUAAUGGGAAUAAAUCUAUAGAAUGGAUUGCUUAACGUUUUAAUGGGAAAGAUUGACUAGUCCAUCUGCUAAACAUCCAGCUGGUAGAGAUUCUCAUUGUUCCGUUUGUCUUCAAAAUAAGCUUUACUUUUUUGGAGGGUCUAGUAAUGAUUACAUAAUGGGUGAUUUUUGGAGCUUUGACAUUGAGACAUCGGAGUGGACUGAAAUUUAAGUGCCAAAAGAUAUGCAAGCCAGAGAAGGACAUUCAAUGAUAGCAUUAUCAUAGAGAUUAAUCUACAUAUAUGGAGGUUGGGACUAGGUCCAGAACACUAUGACAGAUUCACAUUGGCUAUAUGAUGUAAAAACUAAUAGAUUUUAAUAAAUCACAAAUUUCACUGGAGAUGAGAUGAUUAAAUUAGAGAGUCAUACUGCAAAUAAGAUCGGAGAGAGCGUUUACAUUUUUGGGGGUCAAGGUUAAAUGUCAUAAAAGCAAUUAUUAUUUUAUAAGGAUUUGUAUAAGUUGGAUUUCGAGAACAUCAAUGAUUUGCAACAAAGAUUUGAUCAAUAAGAUUCCUUGGAGGACAAAAAGUAAAAUGGUGAGACCAAUAUUGUUAUUAAAAUUGAGAAGAUCAAGCCAAAUGGAUCUUAGUAGCCAACCCCUCGUGCUUCUCAUUCUGCAGUGGCUUAUGCUGAUAGAUUUCUUUUUGUAAUAGGAGGGGAAGGAUACUCGUAUGAUUAAUUGAAGGACAAUGAGGAUGAUGCGUUAGAACAGGACGAAGAGGAUAAUUUUUAGAAUGGGGAUGAGGAAGAAAAGCCUAUAUAUCCUAAGAAUGAUAUUUGGAUAUUUGAAACAGUCAUGAAGACUUGGAGCAAAUUGGUACCAAGAUCCAAGACUCCCAUAUUUUAACCAAGAUUUUCACAUAGUUGUAUUGUUUUUAAGGAUCAAUUGAUUGUAUUUGGAGGGUUGAGAAGUAUGGGUGAAGUUCUGGAAGACAUUAUGGUAUUACACUUGAAAGAUAGUGAAAAUCACUUAUAAAAGUUUUCAAGGGAUGAGAUGAAGAAUGUUUGUAAGUAUUGUUAAUUGAUUUAUGGGAAUUAAUAAGAGGAGGAGAUCUCUUUUAAUAAGGUGGCAGAGAAUAAUUCUAUUCGUUAACCAAAACUAUCUUUGACCUUCAUUGAUGAAAUUUCAAAACUAGUUUAAUCGCCUAUGUCAUGUUUUGGGUUGUUCUUAGACAAUGCCAAAUUAUCAGAAGCAUCUGAGUUGAAAAUCGAAUAUGCCUAACGUCUAAGAAGGAAGAAAUCUCAAUAUACAAAUAGCGAUCUCUAAGAGAAAAUUCCAUUAAUAAUUUUAUUUGAGAAGGAGACUAAAGAUUUAGAAGAUUUAAGUGACUUUUUAUUAAAUUUUGAUAUUCCAAAGAAGAAGAUAUGUUUAAACAAAUAAGAUUAUGAACAAAUUACUAGGAAUGGAGGAGAAGGCUUGAUUUAAGAAGAAUAAUAAUAAUUCAAUAAAAAGUAAUAUGCCUUGAAUUUUAAGAUUGCAUCUCUUCGUUUAGGGGAUAGUGUCUUAAUUUGUCAUAAAUCAUAGAAUAAUUAUUAUGUCUGUUUCAUUUCAAUGAAUAACCUCAAGAAUCCUAGUGAUGAAUCCUUGACAUUCUACAAUUACACUCUGACUAUUAGUAGUGAGAAAGAGAGAAAAGUAGAUUCACCUUAAAGUAAAUAUCACUUAUUAAAUGCUGUCACUCAUCUUUUAAUUGAAGAAGAUUUCAUAUUUAAUUGCAACUACAAUUAUACCAAGAUUUUUAUCUUUGAUCUUGCUAAAAUACAUUCUCAUUAGAAAGUAUUUGAAUUGAGCAUUUAUAAUGAUGACAUCAUCUCUAAUACAUAUUCAGCCUUUGAUCUCAAAAAGGAUGAAGCCAUUAAAUAUCCCGAUUACUCGUUAAAGGAAUAUAUCAAAUUCUAUUCCUUAGAUUAACUUCCUUUUAAAGUCUCUGUUAAUGAUCAACUGCAAGUUGCCUCAUCCAUUAAAAAUAAGAUGGAAAAUAAAUUCAAAGUUAUGUUGGGAAAUAGCAAACUAUCCAAUAAAUUGAAUGAAUGCACAGAGUCUUAUGGAAUUUGUAGAUUACCUCAAAACAAUUUAGGGAUAUUUUUAUAUUACUAAGGUAGAUUGAUAAAUAGAUACAAACGAUCUUUGGGAGUAUUUCCAAGAGAAUAAGAAUAUAGCGGAUAUUUAAAUCUCUGCAAAUUCAUCAAACCGAAUUUAACCUCUGAAGGUUUCUAAAAUUCAUAUUUAAGUUCAAUUUUGUAUUAACUACUUGAAUCUUUGGAGGAGGAGUAUGAACCAGAAAAAAGAAAAGAGAUCAAAGUUUGA